AUGCCUGUAAUGAUAAUGUACGCCUUUGUCUGGAGCAUUUUCGUCGCUGGCCUAGCCACUGCAGGGCCUGGGUAUUCGAUACAAUGCUGUAACAUAGCGUUACAGACAUUUGCUUAUCUUAACAAGAGUAUACCCCAGGACGACUACAAAUGUGGUCAGGUCUACGAAGCCGCCCUUCCACCUGCUCCACCUCUUCUGGUUCCCACCUCGUGGUGUCGCCAGAAAUGCUCUGGGUAUGGAUUAUCGGCUCCUGGCGACACAAAUGCUUGGGCGGCACCCCUGAUUCAAUACAUUCUACCAGCGGUCAUUUUCAGUAUGACCAUCCCUCGAAGAUUGGUGCUUGAACCGCCCAGAUGGUUCUUCGACUUCAAUGUCAACCACAUGAGUGGCCUCGUCAAGGCUCUUUUCUCUUUGUGCGUUGCGGGUAUAAUCGUGACUCUCGACACCGCAGUCUGGGUUUUCAUAAUCAUGGUAGCGCCGGCACCGUUCAUCUUCAGUGGACUCGUGGAAAUUGUGCUCGACUAUAGGAUUAUACGGAAUCUGAAUAGUAGCAACACAAGUCAAGGCAAAGAUCAGCCCGAGGGACUGGACAGGGCUCAAAGAGUUCAGCUUUUGACUGCCGUUCUGGCCGGGAACCUUGGGAUAGACGGUGUCCCAGCUGAUCCUCAAAAAGAAUUAGGGACGGUCUUGGAUAUCUAUAAGCACCCCGAAGAAGUGGCAUUGCGUUUGGGGGCAAUGCUAGAUUGCCAAUAUCCGUUUGGAGCCGCUGUAGGAGCUCCCAUUCUGCUCUACAUCGGGUCUUUUGUAUAUACGCUUGCCACGAUCCGCAGUUCCAAUGGAGACAGGGAAACAUCAAGGGCACUGGCUUUCGGUAUUUGGUGGAUGAACAUUGUGCAUGUCUCAGCCAUCAGUGGAUGCUUGUUGGCUAGCAACAAUCCAAAUACAGCAGGGGCGAUCGUCAAGCGGAGACGAGAGAAAGUCGGACUACAGGAACGGCUAGAUUACGCCAACCAGCGAUCUGAGAUGGAAGACAAGAUCCAAGCUCGGUUAGAGGCAUGGUCGCGGCUUCCGCUGAGCUAUAAGGCUCGCUAUGAGCCUGUCUGGAUGUGGACGAGAGGCAAAAGCAAGGCUGGCUGGCUUCGACGAACUUCUGCCUGGAAAAAACCUUGGUUCCGCGAGCACGUCGAGAUGACCGUCCCCGGCUGGAUUUUCCUCGUUUGUGUAGCCUUUGGGCUUGUCUUAUUCCCAUGUGCACUCGCCUUUUGGGUUGAGUAUUCGACGCCAACGAAAGGCGUGGGCUGCCGGUCAUUAACCAUUUUGGUCUACGCCUCCACUCAAUUGACUUUCACCGUCCUCUCAGCUUGGAGCCAUUUCAAAGCGUCCCACAACCAGACUUACUGGGACAACCACCGUUGGCUUGGUCGCUUGAGGCGCAAAUGGGUCGGCGUCUCUGUUAUGGUCAUCUUCCUCUUUCCCGCUUGGGUAGCCGCAGUGUUUACAACCUUUGCUGGAACCCUCAUGCAAGUUACAGGCAUCUACCAAAACUGCCUGUGCGCUUCGAGUGGAUACUGGUCUUGGGGUCCUACCUCCACCGUUCAACUCGCAGCGGACACCGAAGCCGAUAGACAUGCUAGUCUGCAUUGGCAAAAAGCUGGCUACACAGCUCUCAUUUUCUUGGCUGUUGUGACGUAUUUAGCAUGGUGGUGCCAAUGCUAUCUGCGCCAGAAGUUCAUCGAGCGGGUGAAGCACCUCAUCCCUGAGAAUCCUACUGGACAUGACAUUCAUACCAAAGCACAAGUCGAUCUGGGAAGGCAGCGAAUUGCGGAGACUAUCAAGAGCUCUGAGAUCAGCACCCUCCACAAUUUGAGUGGGGCCUCUGGUUUGGACCGAGUCAACAUUGGCCACGGCGUGCCUCGUGACAACCACUUCUUUGAAGCGACUCCCAAAAACGUCAAGGCCUCCAAUUUUAUCGCGGCAUACGCCGACUGGAUCAAAGGCGUCGACAAGAACUCGACCGCUUGGGAAGAGCGGUUGUCAGAACUGGACUUCUUUGCAAAGAGUGUUCUCGAGUCGGCUGAAGACGUCAACUGUGGUGCUGCAUAUAACGGCUGUGAUGGGAGACCCUUGCGUGACGAUAUCGGCGAGAGAAUCGAGAACAGGACGAGAGCUCGGCAGAUAUGCUAUGUCUUUAAUUCAUUCCAUCACGUGAGCUUGAUCAGUGCCCAAGUACACGAACAAAGCAAAGCAGCCCAAGCCGACGGUGAUGCCAAGUGUGGAGAGUUUGCCUCAACGUUCUUUUGGCAAUUCGAUCCGAGCCUUCAGAAGAAGUGCGACAUCUUUACUAAAUUGGUGAAAGCUGGAAUCACAGCAGUCAUGCUCGGUGCCCUCGCCUCAGCGCCGCUGGCGGCGCCUGCAGUCCUUGGAGCCGUAGCGGCGGCGGAAGCGGAGGUUGCAGUUGCUUUGGAGGCCAGAAUUAGGGAAGCUGCUUCAAUUGUUGAGACUGAAGCUAGCGAGAUCGGAGUAGAAGUUGGGGAAGAGGUUGGGGCAGCUGCUUCACUUGUUGGGACUGAAGCUGGUGAGGGUGGAAGUGUCCCAGGGACGGAUGAUACUGAAGCGGGUGAGGGCGGAAAUGUCCCAGGGAUGGAUGGUGGUGAUAGCCCAGGGAGUGGAGAUGAAGGCGGAGAAGGCACACCUGGGUCUCCAACCAACAGUGGCGAUGGCGGGCCUGGGUCCACAGGAGAUAGCACAAAUGAAGGCACUGGUCCCACAGCAACAGGCGGAAAGAACGUAGCUGGCGUCAAGACGCCGUGGGAAUGGCAACGCUCUUACGACAAAAAUGGCAAUAUUGCUGGCCCGGCUAUGCAGGACGGCCUCUGUUCAGGAUUCCCAAAUGCCAGUCCGAAGGAUCUCGAGAAGUGGACGAACGUAAUAUCGGACCAAAUCCUCUCUGCCGCAGAGGACUACCGGGCGACCAUCGAUAGUCACUUGAAGGAAGUAAAGAAAGGGGACGGAUUCGGGGAUGACGGUACGACGUGCAGGCGUGCAAAGCUCCUAGAGCUAAAGAGAUGCUGA